GGGGCCGGGCCCUACGCACAGCAUUUUGGGAACGCGUGGUAUUCUGGGAGCGCGAGACCCGCCAUUCGCUUUGCUCACGCCUUCGCAGUCGCUAGAGUUGCCGCGGCGCCGGAAAGGAAGAGUAGGCCGGAGCCGGUGAGAGCUCUUUUCCUGCCAAGAUGUCUAUUGGUGUGCCGAUUAAAGUCCUACACGAGGCUGAGGGUCACAUUGUGACAUGUGAGACAAACACUGGUGAGGUGUAUCGUGGGAAGCUCAUUGAGGCGGAGGACAACAUGAACUGCCAGAUGUCCAACAUCACAGUCACAUACAGAGACGGCCGAGUGGCACAGCUGGAGCAGGUGUACAUCCGUGGCAGCAAGAUCCGCUUUCUCAUUUUGCCUGACAUGCUGAAAAAUGCGCCCAUGUUAAAGAGCAUGAAAAAUAAAAACCAAGGCUCAGGGGCUGGCCGGGGAAAAGCUGCUAUUCUGAAGGCCCAAGUGGCUGCGAGAGGAAGAGGACGUGGAAUGGGGCGUGGAAACAUCUUCCAGAAGCGAAGAUAAAUUUAACUGUUGAACAGAACUUUGCCAUUAUUAUUUUCUUUUGGGUUAUCUGGAUUCAGGGGGGUGUGUGCUUAUGUAUAUGUUCUAGAUUUUCUUUUGACAUCUUUCUCUUUAGAUCAGGGGAAAUGUUAAACUAAAUAAAUAUGGUGGUCUUU